UAUGUAUCAUUCCCCACCACAUUCUAUACCUCUCUCUCCUCGACGGAAAAGCACCGUCCUUUUUCUUCUCUCCAAAACUCCCAAACAAAAAAAAUGCAGUAACUGCCCUCAUCGAUCGUGUUACAGGUCUUCUGCUCCUGUACGGACACUGCGUCAUCGCGUACAUUCAGUUCAUCGUCAGCUAGGAUUCCUAGUUUCAGCGUUGAAUCACAUCACACAGUCUUUCACAUUCAAAGUAACCACUGGCAAGAUAGUUUAUGGCGUCCUCCAGCAAGAUGCAAUGCACUGUGGAAGACGAAAAUGAGGAAGAGGAGUUUGAACACUUUGAUGAUUUCACUCUUGCCUCUUCAUGGGAGAGGUUCAUAUCUGAAAUAGAGGCGGUUUGUCGGCAAUGGUUGGCUGAUGGUCCAAAGAAUUUGUUGCAAAAAGGUGCUGUUCAUUUGGGUUCUUCAAAGAACUUAUAUAAGGUCAAAUCUGAGUUGAAGUAUUUCACGAAAAGCUAUUGCAUGGAGUACUACUUUGGAACCGCCAUUGAUGGAAAAAUUUUAGACUGGGAUUUCACUUUGCACGAUCUGCAGUUGUCUUUUGGGGUGAAGGAGUUUCUGGUGAUUGCACCUCAGAGCGCUAGUGGUGUCAUUCUUGAUGCGCCGGAGGCUAGCAAGCUAUUAAGUGCAGUUGCUAUUGCGUUGUCAAAUUGUUCAAGUUUAUGGCCUGCAUUCGUUCCAGUGCAUGAUCCUUCCCGGAAAGCAUAUAUUGGUAUCCAGAAUAUGGGAACAGUUUUUACCAGAAGAUUUGAGGCAGAUCGUAUUGGCAGCCAGGUUCCAUUGAAACUCAUGCAUUUGGAGGGGUUAUACGAGUUAUUUGUUUCUAAGUUUGCCUUUUCCACAUUGGACUUCUCAAUGGAUUUUUUCAAAGUCCAUUUUGCGAUGAAGCUAACCUACAGAACUCUUCCCUAUGACGAUGACGAUGAUGGUGAUGGUGAAAUACAAGGAGCUGAUGUUGAAGUUUCUGAAUCUAGUGGAAUUCCUGGAGGUGACACCCACCACAAAACACAAUGGGAUGAUGACUGUCCUUGGAGUGAAUGGUAUUCUGCUGAGGACCCUGUGAAAGGAUUUGAGUUGAUUGCCAUAUGGUCAGAGAAGACAGUUGAAAACUCUUUGGAAAUGGCUGAAUUGGAGAACGCGUCACCUCAUGAAGCUGAUAAGUGGUUCAUAUUUUUGAACUCAUCUCCAAAUCUCAACAAUGAUUCAACAGGAAAUACAAUUGGAUUUGCUUCACAAUUGUCUCUUUUGGUUAAUGCAUUGGAUAUGUCCUUUGAGGCUCAAUUUAUGGAAGAUUUUGUGUCAGCAGUUGAAAAUUCAGCACCUGACAAUUUGAAGUCUUCAGCGGUCAUACCUCCGCCCACUGUUCUUGAUCGUGUGCUCAAAGAUCUCUUUCAUGAGGGGGUGCAACUCUUUGAUUUCAAUUCAGGCGAGCAUAGGAAUUCUCGAGCUAUCAAAGGCGCACCUUUUGAAUCACUUUUUGCACAGUUUUGCUUACACUCUCUUUGGUUUGGUAACUGCAAUAUACGUGCUAUAGCCGUCCUCUGGAUAGAGUUUGUUCGAGAAGUUCGUUGGUGUUGGGAAGAGUCACAGCCAUUACCCCGAAUGCCGACUCAUGGCGUAAUUGACCUUUCAACUUGUUUGGUUAACCAGAAACUACACAUGCUUGCAAUAUGCAUUGAAAAGAAGCGUCAACUGAAUCCAGAAUAUCAAGUUGGUGCUAGGAACAAAGAUCAUGAUUCUGCUGAUGUUCAGGAAGAUGGUCAGGUUGGGGGGAACUUAUCUCAUACUCGGGUACUCAGUGAAGGUUCUGUUGGGGAACGUGACAGUCCCUCGCUGUCAGAUCAUUUGCGCGAUUCUGAAACUACUACAUCUAGAUUUAAUUCUGCUGCAGAUAGAAUAAUUCCCUCGCUGUCAGAUCAUUUGCUCGAUUCUGAAACUACUACAUCUAGAUUUAAUUCUGAGCCUCAGGAUGCGACAUCUGGUGAUUUAAGGCCUGCAGAUUGUAUCAGAAAGGGAUCAGCUGGUGCUGUUGGCAUAAUGCUUUUAAACGCGUGCCAUAGCAUGCAUGCUCCACUCACCCAGGAGGCACCACUUAUGACGGAAGACAUGCAUGAAGAACGGCUACAUGCUGUUGAAGUCUUUGGUGAUUCAUUUAACUUCUCUGCUCAAUUGGAGAGAGAUAUAUUAUCUUCAGAUAUGUCAGCGUUUAAAGCGGCAAAUCCAGAUGCUGUUUUUGAAGAUUUUAUCCGAUGGCAUUCACCUAGAGAUUGGGAGAAUGAUGACAUUGAGAAAGGUGGAGUAUCCAAAAAUGAUGCAAUGGAAGAUUUAAAAAAUGAUUGGCUGCCUCGAGGACGACUUUCGGAAAGAAUGUCCGAGCAUGGGAAUUCAUGGCGAAAAAUUUGGAAUGACGUGCCUGCUUUGCCAGUUUCUGAGCAGAAGCCACUUCUGGAUCCAAAUCGAGAAGGAGAAAAGGUUCUUCAUUAUUUGGAAACAUUGCGACCGCAUCAACUGCUGGAACAAAUGGUUUGUACUGCCUUUCGAGCAUCAGCUGACACUUUAAACCGGACUACUUUUGGUGACUUAAAGCAGAUGACAACGAAAAUAGGGCAACUUUACCUUACUUUGGCCUCUACUUUGAAGCCUUUGCAGGCAAAUCGUUUGUCUGUCAAUAGUGAAAUUACUGAAGAUCUAAGACGGCUUUGUGUUGUUUUUAAACAUGUUGAGAAGUUACUAAUCCUUGCAGCUUCGCUUCAUCGAAAGUUCUUGCAAGCACCACGCCUGUCUGAAGCAAUUUUCAGCGACUACUACAACUUUUACCUCCCAAAAUUAGGGAUGGGGUCAGAGGGAGGUGAACUUCACCCGGAGUUUGACAAGAAGCAACAAGUAAGGAUACAAGAGAGAGAUGUGGUUGCUAAAAUGUUUACUCCACCCACAGCCAACCAAUCAUGGAGGAAAGUUUUAAGCAUGGGCAAUCUUCUGAAUGGCCACGAACCAAUCCUACGGGAGAUCAUAUUUUCCAUGAGCGAUGAAGUCCGGGGCAGUUACUAUGCUGCCUUUACUCCUAAAGGUUAUCAAAAAGAAAUAGAAACAUAUCGAAUGUAUAUCUGUGGAACCUCGAAUGAUCUUGGAGUAGCACUUUCUGUUGCUUCUUGUGACUAACCUACGGUCGAAUCAUGUAAAUAUAGAUUCUUUUUCAUAUUCCUUGUAUGGGGAUACACGCUUGGUAUUGUCUAGAUAUUGCUUUGGAUUCAUUGUAACAUACCAUUCUAUGCCUUGUGUCGUCUAGAUUUUGCUCCAAGAAUUUUUGGGACCUGGGUUCAUUUGAUUC